AUGGCUGCUGCUCUCUCUCAGCUCUCCGCUUGCGUCACUCGCAUCCUCUCCCUCACCGGCUUCCCCAAGGAGCUCAAAACGAGGGACAUCCAAGCCGCCUUCUCCGAAUGGGAUACCGUCAGCGGCGGUUUCAAGAUCAAGUGGAUUAACGAUACUAGUCUCCUGAUUGUCUUUAAUGACGCUACCGUCGCCAAGCGGGCAUAUCUCCACGCGCUCGCCUUCCCUCCUUCCAUCUUCACCUCCCCCAACACCUCGACCACCGCGACCAUCAAGCCCUACGACGGGCCCGAUGCCCAGGAAGUGAUCCAGUCGGUGAACAGCCGCACGCACAACAACGCUCGGGGCCACGCCGCCCGCGCCUCCGUCUCGCACGCCCGCGGCGUGUCCGUGAGCCACUCCUACAACCGCACCGCGAACAACUCGGGCGCGGCGAGCACGACGAUCCAGACGAACGGCCUGCUCGACCAGACCGGCGCCCCCGUUAGCGCCCGGGACCGAGACCAGCCGUCGCCGACGCUGCCCAGCCUGCCGUCGCACCCGACGCUCAACGCGCUCAUCUCGUCCUCCCUCUCCACCGACGUCUCCCCGAUCGACCCCACCGCGGCGGACCCGGCGGUGCUCGCGGCGCAGCCGGAGCACGGCGCGCCGCGCAUCGGGGACCCGGGCAAGAGGAUGCUCGGCGCGGCGCUGGGCGUGCGGCACCCAGGGCUGGGCCCGCGGGUCAUCAACGGCGCAGCGAACCCGGAGGUGCAGCGGCCCAUGGCGGGCAUGGUCGGCAGCGAGUGA